GAAUAUUUCCCAGGAAGUUGCUUAUAACCUCUUCUUCUAUUUAAUUGUCUUAUAUUUAUUACUUUAUAAUUUUUUAAAACUUGGUAUAGUUCUGAAAAGAAAGCUUAUGGAAACUGAACCUGCACGUAAAAAGACUCGUAUUAAAAACUCUCAAUCCUCUAGUCUUAAUAGUAUAUCUAAUGAGAAACAAUUCUGGUUAAUGAAGGCAGAACCGGAGUCACGUCUUGUUAAAGGCCAGGAUGUAAAAUUUUCAAUUGAUGAUUUUAAAAAAGUAGAGAUUUCGCCUUGGGAUGGUGUUCGAAACUCAGAAGCUAGUAUGAUAAUGAGAGAACGGAUGAAAGUUGGAGAUCUUGCAUUUUUUUAUCACAGCAAUUGUAAAAAUCCGGGUAUAGCAGGUAUUAUGCAGAUACACAAAGAAGGUUAUCCUGAUUAUACUGCUUGGGAUAAAAAUCAUCCAUAUUACGAUAUGAAAUCGAUUAAGGAAAAACCUAAAUGGUAUAUGGUUGAUGUGAAAUAUAUAAGACAUCUUUCUAGAUUUAUUUCUUUACAUGAAUUAAAGAAAUAUAAAGAAGGUGCUCUUAAAAAUAUGAUGCUUUUAAGACGACCUCGAUUGAGUGUACAGAGUGUAACUUCUUAUGAAUGGGAUUUCAUUUUAGGACUUGAAAAAGAAGUUACUUAA